AAUCAGCCUAAUGGAUGCCUGUUUCAGUGGUCAAGCUCGGGCGAUGAAACCGACUCAGAAGCAUCAACGAGCCAGGCGCCUUCGACGAUUUUGGCACAAAGUCAAGCAAAAUACGACUUUCUGAUGCUUCUUCAUCGCGUUGUAAGCGAGAGCACUGUUUGUCUGAUGAACCACGAGAGACGUCAAACGUUGGUGAUGAUCGACCGACUUGCGUUCCAGGUGUCUUUGAGUAUCUACAAUCCACAGAACACUGUUGCCGGUCAUACACCACGAACGACACUUUUUUACCUCCCACGUAACACAACGCAGUGGAUACCGGUAGUCUGA